GUUCACCCGCGAUGCUCCGUUCGUUUCCCUCUGUCUGCGGGUGGUGCUGAACGUUUGCACGCACGCGGACCGGGCGGUGGGGGCUGGGAUACGGUGCGUGUGAGAGAACAUAAAGAGAGAACAGGACUUGACGAGCCUGUUUAUUUUCCAAGCGGAAAUUCCACGUGUUUUGCGACAGACACAAGAGGAAGAGUGAGAAGGAUGAGGGGGGAAGCCUGAGUUUCUUCUCGUGAAAGAAGGAAAACUGUAUAGGAAAUAGGCCUGUCAACGAACAGAGACUGGAUUUGUACGGUUUUAAGCUAUAUCAAGGAAAUAACUUACUUAUUUCAACCAAGACACAUCUGGAAAUAGUCGUUCCUCGGACGUUCUCUGCCAGAAUUAGAUUGAGAGAUCAUUCACAGCUUUGUGGAAGUUACCCGUGGCGCUGAUGUUAAGGCCAAGGCUCCAGGUCAGUGGGUGUAGUGGGGUAGUGGCAUCCCAGGGAGGAGUGAGAUUCUGGGGAUGAGAGGUACCUCCUCCCUCCCUGUCUCCCGCAGAGAAUCAGGAGAACACUGGGACUCACUACCAGAGUGUGUUGGGUGUAUGUCUGGUGUUGUCCAGGUAACAUGGCUCUGGUUCAGACCCUGCCUGUGUCUGUGACUGACCACCCCAAGCCUCCCACAAACCUCCAUAUCGUCACCCUCUCCCCUGUCGUCGGAGGGCCCUGUGGCCCCUUUGUCCCCGGAGCCACCAUGGGCUCCGUCAGCAGCCUCAUCUCUGGCCGGACCCAUCAGGAGCAGCGACACUGCCGGGCUGCCAGAGAGUUCAGCACUAAGCCACGCCGCAACACCCCAACUACCAAUUGUUUCAAGCUCCAGGGUGAUAGCAACACCCUGCCCAGCGGGAGCUCCCUGGAACAACUACUGAUCAUCAACAACCAGACCCAGCUCCAGCCCACCAAGCUCCAGCCGCCGCCACUGCCCACCAAGAAGCAGCCUUGGGCGGGUAAAUCUGCUGGGGGGGCUGGGUGUGUGGCUGGAGGUGGUGGUGGUAGUGGAGGGAAUGGGAACUAUGGGUUUGUGAGGGAGGAGGUGAAUGAUAACCAUGUAGUGACGGUGGGGAGUCCGUGUAGCGACUCGGAGGAGCAGAGGAAUAACCGAGGUCUCAAUGGGAAUAUCAGCGGGCCGCCGCCCAAACUCAUCCCUGUGUCGGGAAAACUGGAGAAGAACAUGGAGAAGAUUCUGAUCCGUCCCACCGCGUUCAAACCGGUGGUCCCGAAGAACCGCCACUCAGUGCAAUACCUCUCCCCGAGACCAGGGGGCAACCUCUCUGAGAGCCAAGGCAGCCUCAACCUCCUCUUGCCUCUGUCGAUCAAUGGGAAUAAUGGAAAUACAGUGGUCAAUAACGUGAAUACCGUGUUCAAUAACGUGGUCAAUGGCACUGGGAGCUACGGGAACGUUGUACCUCUGGUCGGCUCGUCUUCUUCCUCAGAUAGCAAGAGGAACUCAUACAGCGGAGGACGCAAUGCUCGCAACAGCCAUUCCUGCUCUAUGUCAGACUCUGGCCGUAACUCCCUGUCCAGCCUGCCUACCCACAGCAGCAAUGGCUACAGCCUGGCCAAUAGCGAGGCCUCCGGGUCGGGUUCAGGGUCUGGGGGGUCCAGGGUGGGCCCGGAUCCUGGGAGAACCACCACCACAAACGGAGGGUCGGGGAUCAACGGAGGUCACGCCCACUCUACCUCCCACGGUCACUCAAACUCGGACAGCGGGCGGUCAUCGUCCAGUAAGAGCACAGGGUCGCUGAGUGGGCGAGGCCAGCCCCUGUCGGACAGCGGGUCAUGUGGGCGCUCGCCCCCGACCCUGGAGGGUUACGAGGGGGUGGUGAGGGAGCUGGAGGAGAAGUUGAGGGAGAGAGACCUGGAGCUGCAGCAACUCAGAGAGAACCUGGACGAGAACGAGGCCGCCAUCUGUCAGGUAUACGAGGAGAAGCAGCUUCGCUGUGAGAGAGAGCUGGAAGAGCUGAGACAGAGCUGUUCCUCUGAGAUGAAACAGGCUUCACAGAAGGCCCAGAGAGUACAACAGGCCUUACAGCUACAGGUGUUCCAACUGCAGCAGGAGAAGAAGAAGCUCCAGGAGGACUUCUCCUCUCUGCUGCAGGACAGGGAAGAGUUGGAGAGGAGGUGUGCCUCUAUACAGAGAGAGCAGACCCAGCUGGGACCACGCCUAGAAGAGACCAAGUGGGAGGUAUGUCAGAAAUCAGGUGAGAUCUCCCUUUUGAAACAGCAACUGAAGAAGAGCCAGUCAGAGCUGAGCCAGAAGGGCGGGGAGCUGGUGGUCCUGAAGUCCCAGUUGAGAGAGGUCAGGUCCGAUCUCCAGAACUGCCAGGCUACGACCCAGGAGGCUGGGUCGGCCAUAAGAACACGCUCUCUGGAGCUGGAGGUCUGCGAGAAUGAGCUCCAGCGCAGGAAGAGCGAAGCCGAGCUGCUCCGCGAGAAAGUCGGACGCUUGGAGGAAGAGUUGGCGCACCUCCGAGAUGCCCUGGCCAAUCAGGGAGGAGGUUAUAAUCCUGGAGGCCAGGCACCAGCCACCAAGGGCCAAUGUAUGAGUCUGCCCCUCCCCCAGGGGCGUGGGGGUGUGAGGGGUGGAAGGGGGGGCCUCUGCCCCCCUGUGGGGUACCGAGAGGUGGAGGAGGGGAGGCUGGGUUGGGGAGGGGAGAGUGAUGAGACCAAGGCUCAGAGGCAGAGUGUUGAAGCUGUGCUGGGACUCAGGCAACAGGUGGAGAGGCUGAGGGCAGAGCUGAUGUACGAGAGGAGGAGCAGUGAGGAGCAACUGGGAGGAUUUGAGGAGGAGAGGAAGGUCUGGCAGGAGGAAAAGGAAAAGGUGAUCCGCUACCAGAAGCAGCUGCAGCAGAACUACAUCCAGAUGUACAGGAGGAACAGAGAUCUAGAGAGGGUGAUGAGAGAGCUCAGUCUAGAGCUGGAGAACAGAGAUGUAGAGGACUACGACGUCCACAGCGGCAGCAACGAUAUCCACUUCGAGGAGAUCGCCGCUACUGAGAUCUAGAGGAACCAUACAAGGGUGUCCUCUCGCCCCAGUGAGAUUUAGAGACUAGACAGGGGCGUUGCCUAACCCCAGUGAGAUUUAGAGACCAGACAGGGAUUUGUCUAACCCCAGCGAAAUUUAGAGACCAGAUAGGGAGUUGUCUAACCCCAGUGUCCUCUCGCUCCCAUGACAAUUAGUACCAGCACACUGAUUUGAUCUGAUUUCCCCAUCACUGCUACUGAGAUGUCUGCAUCCAAAAUGGAACCCUAUUCGCUAUGUAGUGCACUUAUUUUGGCUAGAGAACAGGUUACCGUUUUAAAUUUGCAUCCAGACUACAGAGGGUGUACCUGGACUUACUCCCCUAACCACAGUACCAGCACUCUUUACUUCUCUACACUCUUAGGAAAAGAUGUGUUAUCUAGAACCUAAAAGGGUUCUCAUCUGUUCCCAUAGGAUAACCCCUUGAAUAACUAGUUUUGCUUCCAGAUAGAACCCUUUAGGUUCCAUGCAGAACCUCAAACCAAAAAGGGUUCCCCCAUGGGGACAGCCAAAGUAUACUUUUGGAACCCUUUUCUCUAAGUGUGUAUGCUGUCAUGGACAGGGAGCAUCUCGGUCUCGGGGUUGAUUUACUUCACUAGACGCUGGGAUGCACCCUCCUCUAGGCCCUCACAGGAACAGCUGACUACCUGCAGUCAGAAAGGACUCCAUCACUUCGCCAUUCGGACUUGAAAGAAGUUUAGGGUGUAUCUCAACAGUUUAAAGUGGUUUCCUUUCCAGAUUGAGAUUCACCCUCAGACCAACACAACCUCCUUGCCUUCUCACAUGGGUCUGAUUGCCCAGCUAUAGUACCAGCACUCUAUGGGACGUAUACUAUGACUUUUGACUUGAGAAACAAGCAGGCAUCACUCAAACCUUGCUCAAAUCAGGGCAUUGAAAGCAAUGGGAGUCUCAGAUAAAGGGCACAAAUCUCAGAUCAAGUCAAGUGAAAUCAUAUCUGUAUAUAGCACACAGGGGUGACUACCUGACGACCAGCACAUAAUUAUGACAUCACAAUAAAGAUGGCAUCACCCCUCGACUGUGUUUACGUUUGUCCACAGGACUCAGAGCAAAUGUUCCACUUUUACAACGUGUUCUCAUGUUAUAUAUACAUUAUUCAAUGGAUCAUCAACUCAUCUAGAAGUAGCAUUUUUAAGCGACAGCCUGGUCUUUUUUGAGUUACAGAAACACUGGAGUAUUUUAAUGGAAUGUAUAACGAUUCUUGGCACAUAGCAAGUGCAACCAUUCAGUUAUCAACACCGACUAAGACACAAACUAGGCUACACCAAGAGAAUACAUGGGAUAAUUUUGCACAAAAACUCAUAAUGCUCUUUUCAGUUCUGGACGUGACUGUUCUGUCUUUCUCAUGUAGUUGACCCCAUUUUAUGGACACAGAAGAGAUAGAAGCAUGUAGCAAUAAGAGAGAGUGCAGCUUGGGAGAUCUCACUCUCAUAUGAAAGGAAGAAACAAAUCUCUGUCUCUUUCCUGUUAACUUGCACAGACUUUUAUAUCAAAAGAAGAAACAAACAUUUAUUGGUUAAACCUAAAGCUGCCCGUCAAAGAUAUUGAUGCUGCAUCGGCUGCUGGGACUGUUAUGGAGCCUUCUUGGAUCCAUGAGGUCAGGGGUCGUGGAUCAGGAAGCCUUUGGUGGCACUUUCCCUGAUGGUAUCACAGUGAAAGCAACAAAACAUCAUUGUCAAACUGUACUGUAGGCCUCCCUCCCUUGUCGUCUCUCACACACUCUAGACUGUGAAUACUCUUCCGAGUAUUACUAGACCCCCCCCCUCUCCCUCCCUCACUCAAAAAAGCCAAAUAACACUUCCUAGUCUUCCUGUCCCUGACUGUGAGACUCCCUCACUGACAUGUAGAUAAUGUGGAUGGCAUGAUUGCAUGUCUUUCCCUGUCUGUCAGAGUCGGUCCAGAUAAUGUAGGGGUUUGUGCUGGACAUUGCAUGAUAGAUUAGCCUAAGGCAUGACACCCCGGUCAUUGUGGAACUGUUACACUGGUUAUAUUAUUGCCUUGGGAGAUCCAAGGGGGAUUGGACUGAAAUCUCUGGUCAACAUAUUGGCAGCCACGAGGAACCAUAGAAAUAUAAUUACUAUAAUGUAAUUCUAUGUCUAUGCUGGUUCCUGAAUAAAUAAGGCAGUCUUCAGUUGUGCUUUCUCAUAAGAAUGGAUUCAACUAGAGGUGUGAUCUUUUGUAUUACAGAGUAAAACAAAGUAUAUAAAAAAGAUUCUUAAACAGAUAAAUAAAAAUAAAUAUGAUCUAUGAUGAUGAUGUGUAUAUUUUUUAUAUAGCGCCUGAAGAUAUUUUGUGGUAACACCGGUACCAUUGUGGGUUUAAUAUACAAAGUAUAAUAAAGAUUUCUAUAUAUCUUUGCAGCACCACACAUAUCCCAAUGAGAUGAUCAAUCAGAAUUGGAAAAGGUUUAGAAAGAGUGGAUUGAUCUAUUGCAUGCAUUAAAAUAUUUUUUACAUCAUAUUUUUUUUUGUUGAACAAGCUGCAUUUUGAUUUAACAUACUGUCAUAUAAACGCAACAUGCAAACAGACAAAAAUAUUAACGCAACAUGCAACAAUUUCAAAGAUUUUACUGAGUUACUGUUCAUACAAGGAAAUCAGUCAAUUGAAAUAAAUUCAUUAGGCUUUAAUCUAUGGAUUUCACAUGAUUGGGCACAGGUGCAGCCAUGGGUGGGCCUUGGAGGGCAUUGGCCCACCCACUGGGGAGCCAGGCCCAGACAAUGUUUUCCCCGCAAAAGAGCUUUAUUGAUGACAUGAAUACCCCCCCAGACAAUCUCAGGUGAAGAAGCCGGAUGUGGAGGUCCUGGGCUGGCGUGGUUGCACGUGGUCUGCGGUUCUGAGACCAGUUGGACGUACUGCCAAAUUCUCUAAAACGAUGUGGGAGGUGGCUUAUGGUAGACAAAUGAACAUUUAAUUUUCUGGCAACAGCUCUGGUGGAUAUUCCUGCAGUCAGCUGCCAAUUGCACUCUCCCUCAAAACCUGACACAUCUGUGGCAUUGUGUUGUGUGACAAAACUUCACAUUUUAAAGUAGCCUUUUAUUGUCCCCAGCACAAGGUGCACCUGUGUAAUAAUCAGCUUCUUUUUAUGCCAUAACUGUAAAGUGGUUGGAUUAUUUUAGCAAAGGAGAAAUGCUCACUAACAGGGAUGUAAACAAAUUUAAGAAAUAAGCUUUUUGUGCAUAUGGAAAAUUUGUGAUUUUUUGGGGGGGGACCAACACUUUACAUGUUCCAUUUAUAUUUUUGUUCAGUGUAUAUACUAACAUUUGGGAAAUAUACAACUUUUAGCCAAGGUUUACAUUGGUCAGCAUGACCCUCUACUGACUCCCCAUCCCGCAUGCGGGAGCGUAAUCAUCGCCUGACACUAAUUAGCAUAACGCAACGGACAUAAAUAUCCCUAGAAAAUAUUCCUAUUCAUGAAAGUCACUAAUGAAAUAUAUUGAGACACAGCUUAGCCUUUUGUUAAUCACCCUGUCAUCUCAGAUUUUCAAAAUGUGCUUUACAGCCAAAGCUAGACAAGUAUGUGUAAGUUUAUCGAUAGCCUAGCAUAGCAUUAUGCCUUGCUAGCAGCAGGCAACCUUUUCACAAAUCAGAAAAGCAAUCAAAUGAAAUCGUUUACCUUUGAUGAACUUCGGAUGUUUUCACUCACGAGACUCCCAGGUAGAUAGCCAAAGUUCAUUUUUUUCCAAAAGAUUAUUUUUGUAGGUGAAAUAGCUCCGUUUGUUCUUCAAGUUUGGCUGAGAAAUCACCCGGAAAUUGCAGUCACGAAAACAGCAAAAAAUAUUCAAAAUUAGCUCCAUAAUAUCGACAGAAACAUGGCAAAAGUUGUUUAUAAUCAAUCCUCAAGGUGUUUUUCAAAUAUUUAUUCGAUAAUAUAUCCGUCGGGACAAUUUGUUUUUCAGUAGGACGGAUUGGAGUAAUGGCUACCUUUACGCGAGAGUCACCCUGGGAGCCAUCAGGUGACCACUUAUGCAAUGUAGCCGCCUACGGGUAUUCUUCAACAUAAAUGCGUAAAACUACGUCACAAUGCUGUAGACACCUUGGGGAAUACGUAGAAAGCGUAAGCUGGUGAUAGCACAUUCACAGCUCAAUAGGGACUCAUUGGAACCCAGCGAUUUCAAAAUAUGGGGCACUUCCGGAUUGGAUUUUUCUCAGGCUUUCGCCUGCAACAUCAGUUCUGUUAUACUCACAGACAAUAUCUUUACAGUUUUGGAAACGUUAGUGUUUUCUAUCAAAAGCUGUCAAUUAUAUGCAUAUUCUAGCAUCUUGUCCUGACAAAAUAUCCCGUUCAAAAACGGGAACGUUUUUUUUCUCCAAAAAUGAAAACACUGCCCCUAGAGUCGCAACAGGUUUAAUGGUCAUCAUUGUUCAAUGCGAUUGAUCUUUCAUUUGGCUGUCAUUAUCCUCAUGUCACAUAUCAUUUGUUGUGUUUGGCAUCUUCAGACUACAUGUAUUAACACAAAGCAUUUAAUCAAAAUAAUAUUUCAUAUAUGUUCAUCACAUAGAAACAGAUACCUCCAUCAUAUCCUCUGUAGCAUGAUUUUUAACACAUUAAAGUGGAAUAAGUUGCACAGGUGUAGUGAACCCCUUUUCACAUCUCACUGUUUUUCAGAAUCCCAUAAUAACCAUUUUCUGUGUAAAUGUCUAACAACGAACAACAUUCUAGUCCUUUACGCAGACAAAAUAUAUAUUUCAAAUGUAGCCAAAGCAAUGCGUUUGUUUAUUAGUCUUGUUUGUUUUCUUCCUUAGUGUGCAUAAAUAUACAAUUAUAUACUUGUGUAUUUAUAGUGUUUUGUUUAUUAAUCUGUGGUGUUUGUAGUCAUUCAUGUAUAUUUUCAUGCUGUAAAUUAAUUCGACAAAAUGACUUUUUAUUAAAAGAUACACAAUGUC